AUGGCCGACCGAGACCUCGAGAUCGACAUCGAGGGAGUCGACAAGGUCCUGUUGCUGAGGCUUCUGCACGACAGCGCAAGCUCGUUUCCAAGAACCGCCAGACGGCCCUUCGAUGAGCAGGCGGCACACGUAGCGGUUAGGAACUACAUCCAUUAUUUCUGUGGCUGUUUAAUCGCCUGUGAUAUCUCCGGCAAAACGGCCCGGCAUACCUGGCGGUAUGACUGGUACGUGGGGAAGGGGUCCUUUGUGGAGAUGGUUGCAAUGGCGCGGGAAAUUAUGGUGGGAGAGCAGCUGGAGUCGGAGUUGCGGUUCCAGUUGGAUGGGGCUUCUGCUUGA